GCAAAUUUCAUACGCGUGUCAAAAUUUUUUGCAAAAAACUUGGUUCAUUGAAGAAAGAAUUAACGAUACUGAACAAAUGUUUAAUCAAUUAAAUAGAAAAGUACCAAAUCAUGUAGGUUGAUGGAAGAAAAAUCGGCGAAGGAUAGUAAAAAUUCGAAAAUAACACGGUGUUUUAGAAAAACAUGUCCUUUCAGAAGUAAUAAACAGGAAAACAGGGAUAACGCAAAUAGUAUAUUUAUUCCAAAACCUUGCAGUUGUGAUGAAAAAGUGUCAAAUUACUCAGAGCCCGAAUGUUCUAAUAUUGAAGAAAGCACUGAAAGAACCACUAAGGAAAAAUGCAGAAAACACAAAUGCUAUAUAACACAAGAAAGUCCUAGAUCAUCAGUUGAAGAUAUGCUGGAUAAUGAAAGUCUAGAAGUAAUAGACAAAAAUAGGAUAGUGAAAAUAUCGAAAAGCAGUAAUGAUGAAAUAGAGCUUACUGAAUUCAAUUCAGAAUUAAAAGGAAAGAAGCGUUUAGCAAAAAAAUCAAAAAAUAAUCCUACUAAUGCUUGCAACCACCCCUGCUGAUGAUUUAGUGCAAUUUGAUUUUACAUAUGUAUAAAUUGCUAAUAUAAUGAGAAAAAAUAUCUGACAAAAAUAAUAAAAAAUUUGUAAAAUCUAUUAAUAUUAACAAACUUGGUUUAAAUCAAGAUUGAAUUAAGGCGUAAAUACUUAGUAUUCAACAAAAACGAAGAAUACAUCACGUAUCAAAUUAGUAUCAAAUUGUUUAUUGUGUGUGUGUGUGUAUUAUGUGAUUAGCUCAUCAAAAUUUUCCGUUUUUCAACUACAAUGACAAGCAAUGUAGAUCAACGAAAUAAAGACAUAAAAAUAAUUUUCCAAAGGAAGCAUUUCCAAUAUCCUUCAAAGUACAACAUAAGAAGAGUAACGCGUUGCACAUCCCGCUUGCAGGAACCGGAAGUCCAAUCCGUUUAUUCGAAAAAAUACCAAGAAAAGCCCGCAAGCAAUGAGAAGCCCCCGAGAAAGCAACAUUCAAAUUACUCGGAAAACGUCCCCAAGAAUGUGAAAAAUGUUAACUCAAAAAAAACCCAAAACAAAUCCCACGCCCGUCUAGUGUCAGAUUUCACGCAAACCGCCGUUAAGAGUUUUAAAUGUAAGAAAUGCAGUACAACUGAUGCCCGUAAAGGAUUCAAUUUUGUUGAAUUAAUCGAUAAAAGUAGAAUUGUUAAAGUGCCGAAAAACGUUUUACCGCCGUGCAAACCUGUCGACAGAAGUAAUAUUGUAAGUGAAGAUGAUUCCAGCCUUAAGAAUAGGAUAAAGUUCAAAAGCUUGUUGAGAAAACUAAACGAAUAAAAAUAUUUUUAUAACA